GAGAGAGAAAGAGAGAAGUUGACCCAGAAUUCUAUUUCAGGCUGAGCAGAAAGUUGUCAGAGGAGCUGGCUAGACCACAGCUGUGUCAUAGAGACCGUGGCUUUUCCGUAGACUCACGGUCAGAGGUGGAGGGGAAUUGUGAACGUUCUUAUGAAAAAAGUCAACGUGAAAGCCACGUGGUGAUGAGGGUUGGCCUCAUCCACCACUUCCUCUGCAUCUCCCUGGCACGCUGGGCUCAGUCACCACCUCACUGACAGCAGAAUCAGAGCGAUGCCUUCCACACUCCCUGCCCUGCUGUGCCUCGGUGAGUUCUUGCCUGGAUGGGGAAUGGAAUCAGGGUGUGCCCGGGAAGCAACGGGUCUCAUUACUCCCAUCUUGCAGGACUGUGUCUGAGCCAGAGGAUUAGCACCCAGCAGCAGACUCUCCCAAAACCCUCCAUCUGGGCCAAGCCCAGUUUCAUGGUUCCAAAGGAAAAGCCGGCGACCAUCUGUUGCCAGGGAAAUUAUGGGGCUGUUGAAUACCAGCUGCAUUUUGAAGGAAGUCUUUCUGUCGUGGAGAGACCAAAACCCCCUGAGCGCAUUAACAAAGUCAAGUUUCACAUCCCGGCCAUGACGUCCCGCACGGCAGGGCAAUACAGCUGCUUCUAUCGGGUUGGGGAGCUCUGGUCAGAGCCCAGCGACCCACUGGAUCUGGUAGUAACAGGAAUGUAUGACACACCCACCCUCUCGGUUCAUCCCGGACCGGAAGUGAUCUCGGGAGAGAAGGUGACCUUCUAUUGCCAUCUGGGGACUGCAACGAGCACCUUCUUUCUGCUCAGGGAGGGAAGAUCCGGCGUACGGCGUGGAUACGGGAAGGUCCAGGCAGAAUUCCCCAUGGGCUCUGUGACCACGUCCCACAGAGGGACAUACCGCUGUUUUGGCUCCUAUAACAACCAUGCAUGGUCUUUCCCCAGUGAGCCAGUGAAGCUCCUGGUCACAGGUGACACUGAGAACACCAGCCUUGCACCUACAGACCCCACCUCUCCUGACUCUGAGGACACCUACCUUUUAACCACAGAGACAGGACUCCAGAAAGAGCGUACCCUCUGGGACCACACUGCCCAGAAUCUCCUUCGGGUGGGCCUGGCCUUCCUGGUCCUGGUGGCUCUGGUGUGGCUCCUCGUUGAAGACUGGCUCAGCAGGAAGAGGACCAGAGAGCGAGCCAGCAGAGCUUCCACUGGACAAUGCAGGAGAAGCUUGAACACAGAGACUCUCUGAAGAACGACCAAGAGGUGCAGGAGCCGUGGGUGGAACUGAAAGCUGGUGUUGAGCCUGUGUUGAACCCACAGAGGAGGGAGUCACUGCAGGAAACAAGGGACAAUGCCAUUCCACUUGUCAGAGCAUCCCAGAUGGCACAGGAGGUGGGAGAAACAAGCUAAAUUUCUUCAUUAUUUUUU